CACUUUCACCCAUUUCUUCCAACGUUCCUCUCAUCUUCCAACUUCCAAAACAACAAACAUUUCACCGUCGCCUUCUUCUUCUUCUGCCUUUCUUUCUUCAAUCAAUUGUACCGAGGUGAAGGAUGACACAAAUCUCAUCGACCGUGUACUUGCCUGACUUUGUAAGCACAGGAAUGGAGGACCCCACUCUGUUUCAUCAAUACCCGAUGGAUUCCUUUCCAUUCCAGCUCGAUGAUUUUGACUUUGAGUCAUUCUCCGCGUCCCCAAAGGGUUCUUCCUCUCACAAGCGCUUGAGCUCCGAAAGCACACAAAACUCUUCCCUCACUCAAAGUCCUGAAACUUCUGUUGCCCCACCAAGACCAACCAAGCAACCCAAGACUACAAUGAGUACCUGGAGUGCUUACGGCACUGACAUGAUAGCUCCCAAGGCUGCUUCCUCUUCAUCCUCCAAAAUCAUCUCCUUUGACAAAUCCAGUGCAUCUUCUGUUUCUUCCCAACAACCCUACAAACUCGAUGAUGCAAAACUACUGAAGAAGCCUAAAAUUGAAACUGGGUAUGGUGAGAACCUGGAUUUUUCUGCUGUGGCUUCUCAAAGUUUCUAUGACAACAACAGUUUUCUAGACUAUGAUAAGCAAGAGAAAAAGGCUGCAGUUACAAUGGCAAGAAACCCAACCCAAGCUCAAGAUCACGUCAUAGCCGAAAGAAAACGAAGGGAAAAGCUCAGCCAAAGGUUCAUUGCUCUUUCAGCCUUAGUUCCUGGACUCAAGAAGACGGACAAGGCUACCGUCUUGGAAGAUGCUAUAAAGUACGUGAAACAAUUACAAGAACGGGUAAAGAUUCUGGAGGAACAAAGUGUAGAUAAAACAGUUGAAUCUGCAAUCUUUGUGAAGAGAUCUGUUGUCUUCUCCGGAGAUGACAGCACCUACUCUGGUGAAAACUCUGAUCAAUCACUCCCCGAAAUCGAAGCAAGAAUUUCUGGUAAAGAGGUACUCGUCAGGCUCCACUGCGACAAACACAGUGGACGAACAGCUGCUAUACUAAGGGAAUUAGAGAAGCAUAAUCUCACAGUUCAGAGUAGCAGCUUUUUGCCCUUCGGAAAUAACACUCUUGACGUAACUAUUGUUGCUAAGAUGGGGAAGGACUACUGCUUGACUGCAAAAAAUCUCAUCAGAAGCUUAAGUCAGUGUUUGAGGCAGCUUUCUUAGGGAACAAUUAACCAGUUCAAGCAUCCACUCUGUAGCUCCAUUAAUUUGUUGCUGUGCAUCCUUCACUAUACAGGAAAAGAGCUUAAUAAAAAGAGUUUUUAUCACAGUGCUUUCUUUUUCCCUAGUCCAUUAUCUGGAUUUGGGAGUAGCAUAUCAAUGGCCUGUGACUGCUAGUGUCUCCUCCAGUGUAGAGUUCAAGAUGAUGCCAUGUUUCCUUUUUUUUUCUCCACAGUUUUUGCGUAGUUGAUUCAUUAGCUACGUUCUUACAGUGGCAUUUUCAAAUCUCUACAUCUGUUGUUUAUGUUUUUCUAUAGAGGGUUUUUUAGAGGAUUUGACUAUGACCUCUUUCGUUCCUCUUUCGUUCCUCUUUCGCUUUGUGAACAGGGUCCGGUUUCCUUGAAAAGCAAUGUUGGCAGCAUUUAUUUUAUGUUGUUCCAUGUCGGAUUGUGAUGAUCACUUCUGUAUAAGAUUAUUAUUGUUAA